GAGUCAUUGAAGUCUGCAAUGGAGAGCUCGCCGAAUCCGAACACAAACCCAAACUCUAACCCCACUCGAAUCCAGAAUCCCGUAUCGUCACAGAUUGCUGCGUUAUGGCCGACCAUUGAUGGUUCACUGGGGUUGUCGGAGGAAGAAUCGGUGAGCUAUGCCCGUAGAUUCUAUAAAUUUGGAUUUGCAUUGCUUCCAUUUCUUUGGGCGGUUAAUUGCUUCUACUUCUGGCCUGUUCUCCGCGAUUCUCACUCGUUUCCUCGCAUCCGACCCUAUAUUGUUGGCUCAGCUAUUGGGUUUGCUAUUUUCAUGGCCAUUAUCUCCUCUUGGGCCUUGACAUUUUCCAUUGGAGGAGAACGCCUCUUUGGACCCGUGUGGAACAAACUAGUGAUGUACAACCUUGCUGACAAAUUAGGAUUGACAGGUUGGAGCUAAUUUUGAUCUUGUUGUAUAUUUCAAAAUGCGCAACUCUCUCCUGUCAUUCUUUUCUCCAAAGAUCAAAGUUGAAGCUUUUGGGUUUACUUCUCCAAGUACUUCAAGGUUCAAACAUAAACCUAGACACAUGCUCAUUUCAGAGCUCCCCCCCAUAAGUAACAAAAGGAAUCUCAGAUCUAAGCACAAUCAACAUGAAAUUUUUUGAGUUCAACAUACAUAAAUGGUUUAAAGCACACUUGAAAUCACAUCGUCAAGUUUGAAUUGGAUCUUGUUCAGCUGCAUUACUGAGAUUUGUGGAUUCAAUACCAAACUGAUUCUCUUUAUUUUUC